AUGGUAACACUGAUGGUACACGUGAUUCUGAUGCACACCGGCUCCCCAACAUCCCACCUUGACUCGCCUGUGCCCACCAAUGGAGGAACGGACACCACUGACGCUACUGGACAUGCCUGGCAGAGCUCUGCUGAACCGAGGACUGUGACCUUGGCUGACAUCAUCAAGGUUGAUCCGGCCCGCGGGCAUGGCCCUCCUGACCCAGUCCCUGGGAAAGUGGAGACUGACGGACCUACCCGAGCCACCAUGGCCAGACCGCUUUCCGUGGACACUAAAGAAGUGCCUGUGGGAAGCAGCAGCGCACGGGUCAUCACCUUUGGUGACGCGUCGGGGCCUGGAAACCUGCGCGGCGCACGCGCGGUUGCAGUUUCCAACGACAGCAAGAUCUGGGUGGCCGACCAGACCAAAGCGCGCGUCCAGGUGUACAGCAUGGAAGGUGCCUUCCUGCGCCACUUUCCCCAAGCUGCACCGUACCCAGGAAAGAGGCUGUUUGACGUGUCCUUCGACAGAGAUGGACAGAUCUGGGUCCUGAUGAAUGGAUACCCUACCAGCGCUGACACGAUGGUGAAGAUCGACAGGGAGGAAAUGCAGGACGUAGGCCACAGCAGCCACGGCGAGGGGAGGGGAGAAACUGGCUCCUCGUCUCCCCGAGAUCUCACUGAGCAGGCUCCGGAGGUGCCGCCUCACCGCGCCGAACAGCCUCCGAGUCCACCGCCCCGCCGCUUCGGAUCCGGACGGUCUCUGGGGCGACCGCCUCAGCUCUCCGGUAGAAGGGCAGAUGGGUAUGACAACCUGCCACAGAGGCAAGACCACAAACACGUGCAUAGGAAUCAGGUGUAUGCGGCAGGUGCCACACACGAGUACACGCCUCUGAACCGGAACACUCGCAGCACCCCACCCGGCCCAUCUACCCCGAGGCCAGGAGGAACAACUGAUGAGGACCCUCAGCACUCCGGACAGAGCCAUGGAAGAAGGGCAGAUGGGUACGACAAUCUGCCACAAACGCAAGACCACAAACACGUGCCGCACAUGAGUACGCGCAUUCGAUCCCGGAUGCUCGCAGCGCCCCGCCUGGCCCCUCUACCCCGAGGCCAGGAGGAACAACAACCACCACCGACGGGGGCCCACCAGACCCAACCGCUGCACAUGUGUACGAUGGGGAAUGUGCCCCCCCUCCCCCGAUGCCACGAGGACCAACCAACACCGACAGGGGCCCCUCCCCCCCCUCCCCCGACGCCAGGAGGAACAACAAACCCACCAGACCCGACCGCCGCACACACGUACGAGAACGGGGACGAGUUCAGGCAGGGGCUUGGGCCGCCGCUGAGCCGCGACGUUCUCGGCGCCCCGCCUGGUCCCUCUUCCCCGAGACCAGCGAGAGGAGACAAUGGGCCAGCCGACGGUCAGGCGGACAGCCCGGACCAGCCUCCAGACAACGGCAACGCGGAAGAAGGACGCUCCAUCUGGGAACGACUGCGCGAUCGUUGCACAGGCCGACAAAUCGGCUUCAUCAUCGUCAUCAUCAUCACGUCUGUCAUCAUGGUAACACUGAUGGUACACGUGAUUCUGAUGCACACCGGCUCCCCAACGUCCCACCUUGACUCGCCUGUGCCCACCAAUGGAGGAACGGACACCGCUGACGCUACUGGACAUGCCUGGCAGAGCUCUGCUGAACCGAGGACUGUGACCUUGGCUGACAUCAUCAAGGUUGAUCCGGCCCGCGGGCAUGGCCCUCCUGACCCAGUCCCUGCGAAAGUGGAAACUGCCGGACCUACCCGAGCCACCAUGGCCAGACCGCUUUCCGUGGACACUAAAGAAGUGCCUGUGGGAAGCAGCAGCGCACGGGUCAUCACCUUUGGUGACGCGUCGGGGCCUGGAAACCUGCGCGGCGCACGCGCGGUCGCAGUUUCCCCCGACAACGAGAUCUGGGUGGCUGACCAGACCAAAGCGCGCGUCCAGGUGUACAGCAUGGAAGGUGCCUUCCUGCGCCACUUUCCCCAAGCUGCACCAUACCCAGGAAAGGAGCCGGUUGACGUAUCCUUCGACAGAGAAGACCACAUCUGGGUCUUGCUGAAUGGGUACCCUACCAACGCCGAUACGAUGGUGGAGAUUGACAGGGAGGGCGAUCUCAAAGCCAGCUUCGACCUUCCCAACGAUGUGAAACGUGGGGCAUCCCGUGGAAUGGCGGUGGGCUUGCAGGUGUAUGUCACCUGGUCUGAUGGCUACAGUGGCGGCGUGCAAGCCUUCCAGCCUGACGGGAAGCUCCUCUGGGGCGUCGGCCAGCAGCAGGGAAUGAAGAGGCCAACGAAGGUCGCCACUAGCAUCGAAGGGUACGUCUACGUCUCCGACUUCAGCUGUAACUACAUCUACAUGUACACCACAACCGGACAGUACGUGAGGAAGUUUGGAGGUCCGGGAUUGAGCGGUGGCCGCCUGAAUCGUCCCGAAGGCAUCUGUACGGACAGUUCCGGUCACGUCCUUGUGGUGGACUCAGAUAACCAUCGUGUCGUGGUGUACUCGAGCCGGGGCGCGUACGUCCGCGACAUCGCCAUCCCCCGCCGUGCAAAAUACCCCUAUGCAGUGGGGAUUGCAGUCGGGCCGGGAGGACAGUUGGUUGUGAUCAACAAAAACACAAUCUUCGUGUUCCCCUGCUACUGA